AUGGACGCUUUGGACCGGGUGAUAAAGCCGAAAACAAAGAGGGCCAAGAGAUUCCUUGAGAAGAGAGAACCAAAAGUCACCGAGAAUAGUAAAAAUGCCAUGCUAAUCAAAGGAGGAAAUGCAAAUGCAAUGGUGACACAAGUACUUAGAGAUAUGUAUGCACUGAAAAAACCUUAUGGUGUGCUAUAUAAAAGGAAAAAUAUCACAAGGCCAUUUGAGGAUCAGACAUCACUGGAGUUCUUCUCCAAGAAAUCAGAUUGUUCUUUAUUCAUGUUUGGUUCUCAUAAUAAGAAACGGCCGAAUAACUUAGUAAUAGGUCGUAUGUAUGACUACCAUGUGCUAGAUAUGAUUGAAUUGGGUAUUGAGAAAUUCAUCUCUCUCAAAGAUAUUAAGAACAGCAAAUGUCCUGAGGGAACAAAACCUAUGUUAAUAUUUGCUGGUGAUGAUUUUGAUGUAACUGAAGACUAUAGAAGACUAAAAAGUCUUCUUAUUGAUUUCUUCAGAGGUCCCACAGUAUCAAAUAUCCGCCUGGCCGGUUUGGAUUAUGUUCUGCACUUUACUGCACUGAAUGGGAAGAUUCAUUUUCGAAGCUAUAAGUUGCUGUUGAAGAAAUCAGGUUGCAGAACACCCAGAAUUGAAUUGGAAGAGAUGGGACCCUCCUUGGAUCUGGUCCUGAGGAGAACUCAUCUGGCAUCAGAUGACCUUUAUAAGUUAUCUAUGAAAAAGCCAAAAGCCCUCAAGCAAAAGAAGAGGAAAAAUAUAUCCCAGGAUACCUUUGGUACAACUUAUGGAAGGAUCCACAUGCAGAAGCAAGACCUCAGCAAAUUACAAACCAGAAAAAUGAAAGGAUUGAAGAAGAGACCAGCAGAAAGGAUAGCAAUAGAAAAUGAGGAAAAUCUAUCAAAGAGAAUUAAAAAAGAUUGAUGAAACUUA